ACCCAUAAAACCAUAGCUGCUCUCAAACCGCCAUAACUGUAUAUAUUGCUUUCUUCCUUCAUUCUCAUUCUGGGUUUAAUUUUCUCGACAAAACAUCAUGUUAGUGAAAUCCUAGUACUUACUUUCUUGUAAAAAAAAAUUGUGUUUUUUUUUUGGUGUCUUUGAUAGGUAGAAACUAUGGGGGGAGAAGAUGGGUGGGGGAAAUGGGCGUCGCCGCCGCCAACGGCGCCCACCGGUGCUGCACCGUUGUACGCAACGGCGGCGAAAGAUGAGCACUGGACGCACUUUGAUAGCUCAGUCAAUGCCGUGUCUUUCGGGUUCGUCGCCACCGCCAUUCUCAUCGCCAUGUUCCUUGUCAUGGCCAUUUUUGAGCGGUUCCUCAGACCCACUUCCCCGGAGUCUUCGCCGCCGCCGCCGUCUUCCGGCCGCCGGAUCCCCGGCGACAUCGAGUCCCAGAUGACUUUCCACCCAAAACUCUGCCACCCAACGCCUAAAAUUGUCACAAGUGACCAAGAAUUUUCAGUGCUGAUGCCUGGAGAAGAGAUGCCAACUUUCAUAGCCCAUCUUGCUCCCAUUUCUUGUCCUCCCAACCGCGAUCCUCGUCUGAACACAACGAUGAUCCCACGCCCCCGUUGAGUACAGUCCACACGACGCCAUUGUCCAUGAUUAUCAACUAGAAGUACAAGCAUUAUUGUGAUGGGAAUUAUUGGGGUUUUGAGUAUAUGAUCACCUGUAGUAGUAUCUUCCAUGCAUUUUUUUGGAGCACCCGAUCGAGUUGGGAAAUUUUUUCUGCCCUCGGGGUGGGCUCGUUUGGCUUGUGUAAAUAGCGGUUAGAAUUGAAGUGGUUUCUAAUAUCUUUACAGGUUUUCUUGAACAUGUUUGGUUCAGUCAUUCACUUGUUGCAGUGAGGCAAACAGGGCAGUAAAGAGUGAACUACAAACUAUGUUGCCUGCUUUAAUCAACUGUUGUGUUAACAUGUUUAAGGAAACUGCAAACAACAAACAUUGUAUCAUAAAACUGGUGGGAAGUCAAAUCAUGAAUUGCAUGAAUAUCCCAGCCAG